AUGGGUGACAGUUCAAGUACCGGAAAAAAUAUUGGAAUAUGGAUAUCCGAUAAGAAAAGUCACAAACUCAAUUGGAAGGAGUUAAUAAAAACAUGUAAUGCACAUGGAUACAAUAUUGUUAAGUUUGAUUUGGAUAUUCCUUUCGAAGACCAAGGUAGAAUAGAUAUAUUUCUUCAUAAAUUGACAGAUGUGAUUGCAGCUGCUGAUCAAGGUGAUGUUAAGGCAUCUAUUAUCAUAGGAAGAGUGGAGCAGUAUUUAUCCAACCAUCCACACAUCACUGUUAUUGAUCCUCUAAAUAAUGUGCGCCUUCUCUUGAACAGGUACUGUUAUUAUACAAUAUUACAAGAUGAGCUAUCAUUCCAAAACCAUGGCAUUUUUACCCCAGCUUUUGCUGAAUUUACAACUAGUGAUAUAGAACAAAAUGUAGAAAUAAUGAGAAGUAGAGGUGUAAAGUUCCCAGUUAUUUGUAAGCCGACAGUAGCUCAUGGCUCUAAAUUGGCACAUGAAAUGGUAUUGAUAUUUAAUGAAAGAGGCCUCAAUGUAUGUAAAGCUCCUUGUGUAGUGCAAAAUUUUGUUAACCACAAUGCUGUUCUACAUAAAGUUUUUGUUGUAGGAAAUAAGUAUCACAUUUCUGAGAGACCAAGUCUUAAAAACUUUAAUGCUUCUGAGAAUUUGGAUCCAAUAUAUUAUAGUACUGGUGAAGUUUGCAAAGCUGAUAGCAAUUCAACACUUUCAAUAUUAGACCCUCAUGAUAAGUCUGAUAUUAGGAUGACACUCGAUGAAGACAAAAUCAAGACAAUUAUAAGGAUUCUCAGAAGAAAGAUCGGCCUUGUAUUAGUUGGUUUUGAUGUAGUAAUAGAUAAUGUGUCAGGAAACCAUGCUGUUAUUGAUAUCAAUGUAUUUCCGAGUUAUGACAGUUUUCCAAAUUUUUUUGAACUUCUAAUAGAAUCUAUUGAAGAUACUGUAAGUAGAAGUGGCAAUAUGGAUAUUUCUGACGACAUUCUCGAAGAUCACACACAGAAUGGUCUUGUAAAUAUUGGUGAUAGCAAUGCUAGUUACAGUGUUAUGGGAAUGAAUAUAAAUUAA